AUGGAUGAAGACGGCACGGCUGCAGCCGCGUCGCUCGAGCAGUAUCAUAACUCCAUGGGCCGCAUCUUGGUCAUUCGCAGGAUCAUGUCCUCAACAUUGUCAGGUGUGGUCAUGGUGCUAUCUGCACUGUCGUUCACGCUUCUCUGGCGACGCGGUAUCCAGCACCGCGGUAUCAAGGCACUGUUUGCGGCGACCGUGAUACUCUCCCUAUCGACCACCCUGUUCUUCGCCGUGUCGAUUGUGGCCACGUUCGCGACGGACGACAUCAUAUACCGACAAAGCAUGGGACUGAGCGUCAGCCCCGUCCGCGCCCGUCUGGUCGAUGCGAUGACCCUCGUCGUCGUCAACACUCUGGGCAUCAAUGUGGGCAUUGGCGACGCGGUCGUGCUCUGGCGUACCGUCGCGCUCUGGAGUUACAAACCCUCCGUUAAUGCCGUCGCAGGAGUGCUAGGCUUAGGCAUUCUUGUGAGCGGAAUCGUCGCUCAGGUAUACGCCUGUUCCGCGUUCAAAACAGCGAGCCAAGGCCCCGUCCCCUUCCCGUACCAGCUCCCCGGUUACCUCGAGGUCGAACCUGCGUUUGUGGUCAUCCUCUUUUCUUUGCUCGCCAACACCGUCUCCACCACGCUCAUCGCCGCCAAGACGUGGAUGCACUGGAAGACAGUCAGACAUGUUCUGGCCGCACGGGGCUUCAUUCCACGCGCCUUCCACCUGUUACUGCUCCUCAUCGAGACGGGGAUCCUGUACUCAUUGUGUUGGGUCCUCAUCGCCGCCUUCUACGGGUUCCACAUUGUCCACCCUUCGGAGACUGGAGGUCUGUUUGACGUCGCUGGGCGCGUUUUCAUCCUCUCCUGUGUUGUACCUCUUGUCGCGAUCUACCCCAUGUCGAUCAUCGUCCUCUUCGCAGCCAAGCAAUCUCCACUGGAGGAAGCAACAAUGCUCACUUCGGUCCCGCUAAGCCUACAUGCGGUCACGUUCCACGACCACAACACAGUUGUGUCCACCGAGUCCAAGGAUGGCAGUGAGCCGGCGAGCGCCCUUGCGCGGUAA